CGAGCUUUAUUUUUUUAUGAGCCUAAGAAGGAGGAAAGUUUGACUCUUAAGUGGUUACGCAAAGUAUUAAGUACGUGUAUAUAAUAUUUAUUAGAUAUAUGGCUAAUUAGUUAACUGGUUAAUUUGGUUUGAUUGGUUAGGAGUCUCCGAAACCAAACCACCAAAAUCAAACAAGCUAAAAUGUUAAACCAAACCAAACCGUUAUCCAGAUUAACCAAACCAUAUUAACCAAAUACUAUCGGUUAAAAUGAUUACCACGGUAACCACACCGUUUGAACACCCCUAGGUGGGGGAUCGAUUUUUACUCUCUCACUCUAAAACUACAAACUUCUUUCUCUAAGAUUUGCCUUCUCUCAAUUGCUGCUCACUUGUAAUCUCGAAUUACUCUUCUCGCCCCCUUUUUACCCGAGUCUCACUCCUACCCUCAGUUAGACUUAAACAACUAAUAUCAAAUAACAGUUGAAGUUCAAUCACAAUCCCAAAAAAUAACACAUAUUUUUUUAUAAUAUCAAAUAUCGACAAAUUCAAUAUGAUAUUCGGUAUAUUUUAAAUACCGAUACCAAACUUUAAGCUUAGUUGUUAUAUAAAAAGGACGGGUUAAUUGCAUGGUUGGUCAUUGAGAUUACAAAAAACGUUCAAGUUUGGUCACUCGAAAUAUUUAAAUCCAUUGGUGGUACUUUAGUUUAUUGAAACCGGUCACGUUUAGUCACUCUCCGUCCAACUCCGUUAACUUUUGUUUACGUGGCGGUCAACUCUAAAAGUUGACCGUCAAAUGUGUGACGUGGCAGUUAAAAAUAAUAAAAAUUAAUAUUUUACAAUUUCCACCUAUUUUUACAACAAUAUGCUGCUACAUAUAAUUGAAUAUUCUGAUUCUAAAAAUCCCUUCUCCAUUUCCCCAUUCAAAUCCCCUCCCCAAUUCCAUCAAAGAUGGAAAGCUCAUUUCCUUCGUUCCAAUUUUUCUUCUUCUCGAGAAGAUGCUGCAUUUUUCCUUCUCCGACCUAUUCCCCCCUCCACCGCCAUAGCCAAGAAAUCAACUUCGGCCACCGUCCUCUUCCAAGACUAUUACAACGAGUGGUUCAAGACCCUGAUGACGAAACUCCUCCCACUAGUACACUGCUCCCUCUCCGACCCUUCCCCGCCGUUGCUGCUCUCCUCCAACGUUCACCUCCUCCUCCUCCACCACUUUCUCUCCUACUAAGACGCCGUGGACCUCGCCACCAACCUCCCUCACCUCCACCAGCCGUGGCGCAACUCACUUGGCAGCAGCUCCACCGCCAUAUCAAGAUUCGUGACGGCGACACUGAGUAGGGACUGAACAAGGACCGGAUCUAUGGCGCUAUUGCACAGUCGUUGAUCCUAAUUUUUGUCGCGGUGGCUAUAAUUGACAAACGAAUUUUGGUUGUCGUCGCCAUCUCUUCCCAAAUUUCAAGAUCGAGAACCCUACUCGCCGGCCGCCGCCACGCCUCUCUUGGCUGAUUCCUUCCUCUCUCGCAGACAGAGACCCCUAGCUUCAUUUCCCAAUUAUUUACAUAAUCUCUGUUGGAGGGGGGUUGGGUCAUGGGUGGUGGGGAGUCCGGAGGUUCGAUGGUGAUACGGGAAGGGGAGAAACAGAGGAAGAGGUUGGUUUUGGUAGGGAAUUAUAGGGAAAGCCUCUUCUCCGCUUCCUCUAAUAUGCAACUCCUCAGCUUUCCUCUUUUGCUAAUUUCCCGAAUUGAUAGAAUAAGUGGCUAAGAUGAUCAAUUAUUGCAAAGAUGAGGUGGAAAUGAGAAAGAAAUUAUGUUUUUUUAUUUAUUUUAAAUAAAAGUGAUAAUGAGGUGGAAAUGAGAUGUCAAUUUUAAAAAUUUUAAUUUUCUUAUUUUACUAAUUUUAAAUUGCCACGUCACACAUUUAACGGUCAACUUUUAGAGUUGACCGCCACGUAAGCAAAAGUUAACGGAGUUGGACGAAAAGUGACCAAACGUGAACGAUUUUAAUAAACUGAAGUACCACCAAUGGAUUUAAAUAUUUUGAGUGACCAAACUUUAACUUUUUCUGUAAUUUCAGUGACCAACCAUACAAUUAACCUAAAAAGGACACAAAGUUGUUUAUUUACUACCAUCAAUCAUUCAUCAUUGGCAUCUACAAACAGAAACGCGUACUGAUACGUAUACCCGUGAGCUUUUCCAGCGGUGAACCCCCUACUAGACUUCCUCUGCAUAAUUAACAAUCCUUGGGCCUAUAUUAAGUAUUUCGGCCCUUAUCAAAUUACCGGACCCGUGAUCAAAACGAUCAAGGCUGCUGAUUUGAGUGAACUCCGGGCCUCUAUCCAUCAUCCUAGACCGAUAUCCACUCAAGCUCACGUCAGUUUCCCCAGCUCCUUGACUCGUCUGUCCCAACUCGUAUAUAUCAAAGCUACAGUUAGGCUACCCAAGUUUGGCCCGAGCCCGCCGAGGCCCAUCUCGGCUCUUAAUGCGACCCAGCAUCAAUUCUUGGGCCUAGUUGGUUCUAGCCCGACGGCCCCAAUCCUAGUGAUGUCGCCUCCCUUCUCCCUUUCGGCUCAACCUCAUCCACCGCCAUGCAGAAAUGGUUGAGCUAGACCGACCUGUAAAAUCAAACGAAUAGAAUCCAUUUGGUAGGGAUUUACAUGCGGUUGUGUGGUCGGUUCAUUAGCUGCCUUGUGCCUCAAAGUUUUUAUAUAUAGGUGAGAGUGACCAGAAGAGAGGAGAGCUUCUACAAAAGCUUAAUGAUAUGUAAUCAAUCGAAAAGGCUUUCAUCGAUGAUCAUAUUAUUUAUAACAAUGGGUUGGUGCAAUUGUUCUUUUUGUCGAGAUUUGUGAAAUCAUAUUGGGGAUCAUACUUAUCAGGCUAUGCGCGAGUUGUUCGAGGUUCGAUCGUCCUUGAACAAGAAAUCUAAUGUAUAUAAUUGUUUGGUCCUUGUUCCAAGCAAUGAACAUAAACUACCUUGAACUCCAAUCUAAGUUCUACUGCUUCACUAAUGUCACACUAACAUAUGAGCUUUCAAUAAUUUUCAAUUUGUGCUCCAAAUAGAGUUUUCGAGCUUCUAGCUCUAAGCUAUAGAAGGUGCAAGAUUUUUUAGUUGAUGUUUAUGGUUAUUCAACCGGCGGCUUAUCAGCCUUAUCUCCAUAUGUCAAGAAAAUAUACCAAUACUU